AUGUCGGCAGGCGGCGCGGAGGCGGGCGGCGGCGCGGCGGGCGGCGCGGCGGCGGGCGGCGCCGACUACAAGAUCACGCUGGGGCGCGCGCGCGCCUCCUCCGCCGUCACCUCCACCAACCCCAAGACGCCCAGCCCCAGCCUCAACGGCGGCGGCGCGGGCGCGGCGGGCGGCGCCUCCGAGCUGGACAAGGUGUGCGCGGAGUCCGUGCAGGACCUCAUGGCCACCAUCGCCAAGCUCGACUCCAACGGCGUGCAGGUGGUGGCGGAGCAGAGCUCGGACGCGCCGUCGCCCGCGCUCGUGCACUCGUCCACGGACGGCGGCGAGGCCGAGGGCGGCGCCGAGCCCGAGGGCGGCGCGGAGGGCGGCGAGGGCGGCGCGCGCGAGGCGCGGCGCGGCGCGGACCCCAACGAGGACUGGUGCGCCGUGUGCAUGGACGGCGGCGAGCUCAUGUGCUGCGACAAGUGCCCCAAGGUCUUCCACCAGUACUGCCACAUACCCACCAUCGAGAAGCUGCCCGAUGAGAUGGAGUCGUGGCAGUGCCUGCUGUGCGUGAACUUCGCGGAGGAGGGCGGGGAGGAGGAGGCGGCGGCGGCGGGCGGCGCGCUGGCGGGGCGCGCGCGGCGCGUGGUGGAGCGCAUCACGCUGGAGCUGUACUGCCAAUACGAGCUGUCGCUGCCCUUCCGCGAGCCCGUGCCGGAGACCAACCGACACUACCACUCCAAGAUCUCGCAGCCGAUGUGCCUGGACAUGAUCCGGCUGCGGCUGCAGCCCGGCGCCGACGCGCGCUAUGCGACCGCCGCGCAGUUCGUGGCCGACGUGCGUCUGCUCUUCCGCAACGCCUACCGCUACAACCCGCCGGACUCGCAGCUGUACAAGGACGCCAAGAAGCUGGAGGAGUUCUUCGACGCGCAGCUGCUGAAGUGGCUGCCGGAGUACGCGCAGUGGCGCGGCGACGGCGAGCCGCCUGCCAAGCGCGCGCGCUGCGAC